AUGCCCUGCAUACGUUCUAUCUUACACCUAACAAACUUCCGAGUAGCUCUCACCGGGUGUCUUGAACGGUUAUCAGCUUCUUUCCCAUCUAACAAAAUGAAACCUGUGGUAUCCACGGGCAAUGCCUACUUCUGUACGAUUUUGUCCGCCUUUGGCAUUGUCAUUCUAUCUGUCAUUGGCUGGUUGUUUAAAGUUGGCCACGAGUCUAUGAUGGGCUCCAUCAACGACCCCGAGGACGGCAGCGCCGUUGCACACACUGUGUUUGGUGCUGUCUUUGUUUAUUUAGCAUUCUUCGUCUUUUGUGGUUGCCAGGUGCUCUUGAUUCAAAGACAGGAUAGGAUCAAGUUAUAA